AUGGAGCGGCCGACAUUUAUGAAUAGAGGGACGGCGCUCAUUGACCUGAGCGGCGGCAGCGGCGUCGCCGGCGCCCAGCCCGCCCGCGCCGCGCCGCGCCACGCCACGCCGGCCGCGCGCCGCGCCGCCCGACGGACGUUCCCACCGAACAUGGCGGCCGCAGGAAGUGCGCAGCUUACCUACCGGGACGUCCUCGCACCGAGCCGACCGCCGUGCGAGGACCCGCAUGCGCAGACAUACAUACCACGAAAAAGCGGAGGCCGCGGGGCGAUCGGACGCGGAAUCGCACACGCGAACUGCUUCCCCGCCGCGGGGAGACUGAUGAGGGCAGGCCGCGCCGGCGCCGGCGGAGGCUCCGGCGCACGCGCGCACCGCCCGCCGUCCCGCUCCCGCGCCCGCCCGGCCCGCGGGAGGGAGCGGGACGGAGACAGCUCGCGAUCACAGCGCCGACUCGUGAACACCAAUAGACCGAAGAGUAGGGACAAAUAUUCGACCUUCACUACGCGCACGCACACAGCCGCGCGGCCGGCUCCGUGUGACGCACACACGCGCACGCGCCUCGCGAAUCGUUCGCUCGCCGCAGCGCCGCUGUGCUACUUUUGA